AUGGACCCGUACCCUCCACCAUCGUCCAUGACCCUCUCCCCUCAAUCGCCGCCCGUCGGUCAACCAUCGACCGUUUUCCGGCCCCGCCGAUCCGACGACUGGCACGAGUAUCGCGAGAUCAUCGAGCAACUCUACCGCAACGACCAGCUCAAACUGCGUGAUGUAAAGCGCAUCAUGGAACGGGACUAUAAGUUCUAUGCCUCAGAAAAACAGUACAAAGAUCGCCUCGCUGCAUGGCAUGUCCGCAAAAACAUCAAGGCCAAGGAAGUGCAUUUGAUGAUUCGCAAGCAACAGAAGCGCGCCGCCCGAGGGAAGCAGACUGCCUUUCGGGUCAAUGGCCAGAAUGUCGAUCCCAAACGUAUUGCACGCUUCGUACGCCGCUACGGUAAUUCGUGGGAUCACGACGGGGAUCGAGAUGCCGAGGAUCAAAGUCCCGAACCGAAAACCCCAUCUGAUAUGACUUGUUAUACGCCCGAACCAGAGGAGAAUGCCGCCACGCCAGUCUCCCCUCCAGACAUCCAGUCACCCACGAGGGAAACAUCGACGUAUCCACUCAACUACGACCCUAAUUCUAUCGACACCCUACCAGAUCUGAUCAUGGACGACGACAACAACCCGUACCCAAUGCACAUGCCCCGACGAACAUAUCACCCCUCCGAAUCAACCAUGCAACCAGUGACUCACCCAAACCAUCAACCUCAUCAGCCUCAUCCGUCCCACCCAUCAGCACACCAACACCAACACCAACACCAACACCAACACCAACAUCAGCUCCCCCACCCGGCAGUGCCACACCCACUCGUCCACCCAGUACCACACCCGGCCAUCACGGCAUCCCAGAACGCCGACCACCAUCCGCCCGUGGCACUCCCGUUGCCUGGAUCGAUGCAGCAGCACCGGGGCGGCAUGAACGGCCCGCCGGAACUCUUUCCGCAUUCCAGCAGUUACGCCAAUCUGGAUGCGUUUCAGAACCGACUCGGCGAAUUGGGGACUACGCUGAACGAGUCCAUGGCGAAGUGGGCGCGUGAGCAGGAUCCGAACCAGGAGAUUCCUCAUCAUGAGGGACUGGGCUUGUGA